AUGGCUAUAAAGUCACAGGUCCUAGCGGACUUCGUGGCUGAAUUCUCCCCUGCCUUGCUCCCAACUUUGGAGCUGGAGGUACGCCUCCGAGGCGAAACUAAGGAAGACGGAGAAUGGAUCCUGCACGUUGAUGGAUCCAGUGACGUCAGAGGAGCUGGAGUGGGGAUAGUGCUUACCUCGCCAAUGGGGAACACGGCCUCAGGGACCGUAAGAUGCAACUUCAAAGCAACCAACAACGAAAGCGAGUAUGAGGCCCUAAUAGCAGGUCUAACCCUCGCCCACCAAAUGGGGGUAGAGAACAUCCAGGUUUUCGGCGACUCCCAGCUGAUAAUCAAACAGGUACAGGGAGAGUACCAAGCAAAAGAAGACAGCAUGAUCCAGUAUAUUGCGGUUAGCCAACGACUAAUAAUGAAGUUCAAGAGCUGCAAGCUCACUCAAAUCCCCCGGGAACAAAACUCGCAGGCCGAUGCACUGGCCAAUCUGGGGUCCGCCCUAGAAACGAAUAGCCAGAUGAUUAUCCCCUUGCUUGUGCUUCCAUGGCCAACCAUCCUGGAGGAAUCUCCGUCAGAGGAGGUCUCCCCCGUCGAAGAAGUUGUACCGAAGAUCCUUCUCUGGCCCGUAUCUGAGGCACGCUCCAGUCACGCUCCAGUCUCCAAUCUUCCCCCGGAGAAUCUCAAGUCCAUAAGCUCACUGUGGCCCUUCAGGAAGUGGGGCAUGGACAUAGUAGGGAAAUUCUCUAUGGCACCGAGGAAAAAGGUCUUCCUUUUAAUAGUCACUGACUACUUCUCCAAGUGGGUCGAAGCAGAAGCGCUCAGUCGCAUAACAGAUCUCCAGAUCCACAAAUUCAUGUGGACCUACGUAAUAACUCGCUUCGGGGUCACCCAUGAAAUUGUCACCAACAAUGGACCCCAGUUCACGAGCCACAACUUCAAGGAGUUCUGA